ACUCUCUCCCUCCCUCUCUUUCUCUCUCUCCCCCCCACUCUCUCUCUCUAAAAUCUUUUCCCCCCAUCGCCGCCCUUGAGGGUUUCUUUGAGGUUUUCUCUCAUACCAGCUUCUCUUUCCUCUUCUCCCCCCGGACCAGUCCCUUCUCUGAAGCAAGAAGAGCAGCUGUACUUCAGAAUCUCCUUCUCUCUAUCUCUCACUCUCUGUCCUUCCUUCCUUCCUUCAUUCUUAGUCUUUUUGGGGUCUCUAAAAAUUUGAGACAUGGAUGCCCCGGACCAAGCCAAGCUUUUCGUUGGCGGUAUUUCAUGGGAUACCAACGAAGAAACCCUAAGAGACCACUUCAAGAAGUACGGUGAUGUGGUUGACUCUGUCAUCAUGAGGGACAGAAACACAGGGAGCACUCGCGGCUUUGGAUUUGUGCUCUUCUCUGAUUCCUCUGCCUCUGACAAGGCCCUUCAAGAUAAGCAUGUUAUUUCAGGCAGAACGGUAGAAGUGAAGAAAGCUGUACCUAGAGGGGAACAACAGAACGGCGUGAAUAGAACAAAUAGUAAUAACAAUAACAGCAGCAACAACAAUACGAAUAACAACUCUAGUAGUGUCCAGUUUAGAACCAAGAAGAUUUUUGUUGGUGGGUUGUCUUCUAAUUUGACGGAGGAAGAGUUUAAAGGGUAUUUUGAGAAGUUUGGCAAGAUCACGGAUGUGGUUGUAAUGUAUGACAGUGCGACUCAUAGGCCUAGAGGUUUUGGUUUCAUCACCUUUGACUCUGAGGAGGCGGUUGAGAAUGUAAUGCAGAAAAGCUUCCAUGAAUUGAAUGAUAAGUUGGUGGAGGUCAAGAGGGCAGUUCCAAAAGAUGGUAAUCUAGGUAACCAUCAGAAUAGCAGUGGUAGGAUGAGUGGCGGCAGAGGAGGGUAUCUGUACAGUAAUAACCAUGCUGCUGGUAUUUACUCCCCAUAUGGUCCAAGGUAUGGUGUUUUCCUUGGCUAUGCGCCCCCGUCUCCCAUUCCGGGAUAUGGGAACGGAAGGCUUGGUGGGUAUCUCUCGCCAGUUGGUGGCACUUUUGGUGGUGGAGGUGGUGGUUAUGGUGGAGGAUACGCCAUUGGAGGUUAUGGAGGGAUCCCUCCACAGGCUGCUGGUUAUGGGGCUGGUUUUGCUAAUGGCCCUCCAGUUGGACCUCCCAGAAGCCCUUGGAAUGGUCCUGGCAUUGUUUCGCCAAGCCGAAGCCCUGGGCCGUUUGGGGCUCCAGUUUAUCCUUAUGCAAGCACUGCUUCGCCUGGUUAUAUGAAUGGCGGCAGGUUUAUAAGUACCAGUGCUGGCUUUCAUGACACUCGUGGGGCUGCUCCAAAUUCAAAUGGGAAGUGGAACCAUGGCAGUCACGAUUCCAAACCAACAGGGGGAAACAGUGGAAAUACAGUUUUAGCAUCUCAGCCUGAAGGGGGCAAAUUGGAUGAUCAUUCUUCUGGUUAUGCAGGCAACAAUGGAUCAGGAGGCAAACUGAAUCAGAGGGGCACGGAUUCACGGUUUAGGUCCACUCCUUGAUUCUAAUCAGCACACUCGAGAGCCCUGACAAGUAGUAAGUGCGUAAUUGGUAAAACGGAGGAAGUGUUUCUGCAUUUCUUGAAUUAAGGUUUUGUUAGAGAAUGCAAAGUUUGUAGAUAAUUGAUCAUUGGAGAGAUGGUUUCUUAGUUACGGUUGGGAAUGCUUUCUUUCCUUGGAUAGUUUGUCAUGUGUUGCAGACAUCCUCUUGGGGGAUGCUCUUCUAGAAUGACAACAUGCGUGAGCUAUGAAAUAGAGCUUCAACAGUUGUUACUAUUCUUCUGGUCAAUUAUGGCUUGCCAAGUCGCCUAUGAGUCUGGCUUCCACCCAAGUGCUUGUUUGACUGUGUUAUUAUCUAUCUGAUGCUGUUUUUUUCGUUUAACCCAUCCUGGAUCAUCAAUGUAAGAUAGAGUGAUGGGCUCUACAGUAAGGAAGGUUAAUGUUUCUUAUUCAUUCCUAGUCGGAAAUCAGCAAGAUGCUUCAUAUCC